AUGCCGGCCACUCAAGAAGGCCGAAUUUCCAAACGCAGGACCUCCCGGUCUCAAAACCCCACGCGACGCGUCUCCAACAGCAGAACCUUACCGCUGGUCGAACGCACCAACGCCCUGCCCACUCCGGAAUUCAUAUCGCAAUAUGUGUCUCCACUCCUCGCCAGCGGCAGCACAGGACCGGAGACCAAGACCCAGGAGCCUCUGGAACCCACACCGUCACCGAACGCGUCCCUGGACGUGUACUCCGCGACGACCAUCCCCGCAGCCGACCUGGAAGCCUGUCUCGAUUUGAUCGAGCAGACGUCGGGCGCGGACUACGCCGCGUCUGGGGCGGGCUGGUCCCGCCCCAAGAAACGCAAGGAGAUGAAGCUGCCGGACAUGAAGUACCUGAUUCUCCGGAAUGCGACGCUCUCAGACGCUCCCAAUCAGCCAGUGUCCGGCGCUAGCAGUGGGAGCGUACUCGGAUUCUUGUCAUGCAUGGUGACCUACGAAGACGGGAAGGAGGUGAUUUAUUGCUACGAGAUCCACCUGUCGCCGGCGGCGCGGGGGCGGGGGCUCGGCGCGUUACUUAUGAGUCGGAUGGAGGGGAUCGGGCGGCUGGUCGGGGUGGAGAAAGCGAUGUUGACAGUCUUUAAGGCAAAUAUGACGGCGCGGCAGUUCUACGAGAAGGGUGGGUACGAGGUGGACGAGUAUUCGCCGCAGCCGCGAAGGCUGCGGAAUGGGACGAUUAAGGAGUUUGAUUAUUUAAUCUUAUCAAAGCAUUUGACGGGUUGA